GCAGAAGAGAACAGAAAACUGAGCGCGCUGCAGCAGGAGCAAGAAGAAAGGCUGGCGGCUGAGCUGGCGAGGCUGAGCCACGAAAACCUGAGAGACGAAAAGAUGAGGCAACAAGUAAGAGAGAACAGUCUUGAACUUCGAGAGUUAGAAAAAAAGCUAAAAUCUGCUUACAUGAAUAAAGAGCGAGCUGCACAGAUUGCUGAAAAAGAAGCUAUACAGUAUGAGACGAUGAAACGUGAGGCUGAAAUAGCCCAAAAGAUGAAGGAAGAGUACGAAAGGGUAAUAAAAGAAGAAAGUUCUGCAGAACUGAGGCGAAACAAAGAGAAAAUAAUGUAUCAGCAAGAACUGGAAAAACAGCUUGAGGAACAAGAGAGGAAGAAGCAGGAUGCUUACAAAGAAUUCCUACAAGAGAAACUCAUGAUUGAUGAAAUAGUAAGAAAGAUCUAUGAAGAAGACCAAAUGGAAAAACAACUGAAGUUAGAUAAAAUGCGAGCAACUCAGGCAUAUAUUGAAGAAUUUAAAAAAGAACAAGCUAUCUGGAGGAGAAGGAAACAGGAGGAGAUGGAAGAAGAAAAUAGGAAAAUUGUGGAGUUCGCCAACAGUCAGCGACAAAGAGAAGAAGAUCAGAUGGCUAAAGUUCGAGACACUGAGGAGAAAAAACAAAGACUUCAAAGCAUGAUUGCCCAAAAUCUGGAAAGAGAACAACGGAAGCGUGAAGAACUGGAACAAAUCCGCCAAGAGCUGUAUUGGGAAGAACAAGCGGAGGCAGAAAGGAAGCAGGAGAUGGCAGAAAUUGAAAAGAGAAUAAGGCAGCGCCUAGACUUAAGGCAAACAUAUGAAGAGCAAUUUGCUUUAAAGAAGGUAGUGCAACAAGCUGUGCAAGAAGAGGAAGAAGCCUUCAGACAACAGAUGUUAGCCAAGCUCGCGGAAGAUGAUCGCGUUGAACAGAUGAAUGCUCAGAAACGGAGAAUGAAACAGCUAGAACACAGAAGGGCUGUGGAAAAGCUUAUUGAAGACCGUCACAAACAGUUUAUUGCAAAUAAAGAGCGUGAACUUGAAGAAAGACAGUUAGAGGAGAGAAGACAAGAAAAGAUCCGUGCAGUUGUUGAAGAAGAGAGACAGAAACUCCUGAAAGAGCAUGCGUCUAAACUACUGGGUUAUCUCCCUCGAGGAAUACUCAAAGGCGAUGACAACAUUAACAUGCUUGGAGAGGAAUUUAGAUCGGCUUAUCAGAAGAGAAGAGGGAAUGUGUUUUCAGAAGAGCACUGAAAUUUCCCCCAUCUCAUCUCCUGGUUUGCCACUAGGUGUCAUCUGAUUUCUAAUGAAAAUUUCCAUUUGCUGUCAACAGGGAGGAACUUCUUUUUAAUAUCAUAAAAAGUCUCCAUUUUGAGACCGGAGUUCUAAACCGAUGA